AUGUCUGCUGUACCCAGUAUAAUCACUUCACAGGUUUCGAAAGACGUUGAAACAUUUACUUAUGAAAAGGAUUUACCCAAGCUACCAGUUCCCGAUUUGGAAGAAACCUUGAAUGAAUUACAUCGUAGUUUAGAACCAUUGUAUUAUGCAGAUGGGUAUUAUAACCAUCCUUUGGAACCUGAACAACUGGAAAAGUUCUCUGGAGCAGUACAAGAGUUUUUACUCAGUGAUGCGGCUGUGAAAUUACAGAAUAAGUUGAAAGAAUUUGAUUCAGUUAAUGAUUGUUAUUUGGACAAUUUACACUUGGAUAUCAAUAAUAACACUUUAAGUGAUGGACAGGACGAUGUUUUACCACGGAACCCGUUUUUGGUGCUAGCGGAGGAUGCUGUGCCGGAGAUUUCGCAGGCUGACCGUUCUGCAGUACUGGUUCAUUCUGCUUUACGGUUCGUUUCUGCACUCAGACACGGUGUUUUGCCUCCGGAUAUUAAUUCAAAGAGUGGCAAUCCGCUCUCGAUGAGACCUUACAUGAAUUUAUUUGGAACUACUCGUUGUCCAGUGUUCUUUCCAGGGGAAAUAGAAAAUUUCGACUUGAACAAGCCAUAUGCGUCUUCAGACCUCGAUGAAGGUUGGAAGUUUACUUCAUCUGAGGCAAAUGAUUCGGAGGAUGAGUCAGAUGAUGAAUUGCCUACCCCUCCCUUGACGGCUGAGAGUGCUGGUUCGGAUCAGGAUAAUGAAGUAUUUGCACGUCAAGGUAUCGGGUUGAAGAGUCAUCCAGACUCCAGACAUAUUCUUGUAAUCUCCAAGGGCCAAUAUUAUACUAUUGAGGUAUUGGACGAGAAUGACGAUAUUCUGUACAAUGAUAGCAUUCUAGCUACAGCAUUUGCUCAUAUUCUUGAAGAUUCGCAGGAGCCGAACACGUUCAAGAAAUCCACCGCUCUAGGAAGUUUGACUUCUCACUCUUUCAGGAAUUGGAAAUACGCCAGGAAGAGAUUGCAGAAAAGGUAUCAGGAUGAGCUGCAAUUGAUUGAUUCUGCGCUUUUUGUGCUUGUGCUUGAUGACUCUUCAUCGCGGGUAUCUGAUGGCCAAAACCCUUCAUCGGACGAUUGCAAGCGGUUAUUUUACGGUACUUCAGUUAUAGAUGAAAGAGGUCAUCAGGUCGGAUCGUGCGUCUCCAGAUGGUACGACAAAUUACAGUUAGUUGUCACAGCGGAUUCGAAAGCUGCAGUUAUUUGGGAUUCUUUUACAUGUGAUGGUUCUGUCGUGUUACGAUUCACUUCAGAGACCUAUACUGAGUCCAUUUUAAGAUUGGCAAGAGACGUUAACGCUGGUGAUCCUCGUUUCUCUCUAUGGCCAUCUAUCAGAGAUUCUGAGAGACCAGCUUCCAAAUCACCCACUUUGGAACUUGAUCCCAGAACGUUUACUAAUAAGAUUGCCUGGGAUUUUAGUAAUAUUUUGAACACUCACGUCCAUCUAUCGGAAACUAAACUGGCCGAUCUCAUUUCAAAGCAUGACCUCUUUCAUGUAUCGAUACCUUUUGGUCGCAGGUCGGCUCAACGGCUUGGAAUUAAUCCUGAUUCGAUGAUACAGGUUGCUUUGCAAGUGGCUCAUUAUGCAUUGUAUGGGAGAAUGGUUUACGGGCUGGAACCAAUUUCCACUCGAGGCUUUAAGAAUUCGAGAUCGUGUUUCAUCAACAUACAGAGUCAGGAAUUACUUGAGUUGUGUCAGCAUUUCAUAUCUAACUCACUUGACGAACAAGGUAAAUUGGAGAAAUUCCGCAAAGCUUGUGAGAGUCAUAGUGAAAAGAUAAAGAGAGCAAAACUUGGUAAUGGUUAUGAAAAACAUUUCAAUGCUUUGAAGUAUCUCUUUAAGUUUCACGAUCAUUUUGGAAUCGAACUGAAUGCUAAGGACAAAAAGAUAACAGAAAAUGUGUUUGAAGAUCCACUAGUAAAACCAUUUUCGGCGCCCGAACUAAUCGUUGCAAACUGUGGUAACGCUGCAACGACAACGUUUGGUAUAACUCCAGCUGUGUCACAAGGAUUUGGGGUUGGUUAUAUAAUCAAGGAUGACCAAAGUGAUUUGACUGUAACUUCACAAUUUAGACAAGGCGACAGAUUGAUAUAUAUGCUGAACUGGGUGCUAACGGAAAUUCGCAACUAUUGGAAGGGUUCUAAUGAAAAGGCUUUUAAUAAAAAUGGUGUCAAGAUUAGUCCAGUGGUUGACAAGUUAUAUGAAAUGGAUAAUGCUUUGAAUAACUUGAAACUAUCAAAGUCUUAUGGUUCCGGGAAGAUAAUUGGAGGGUAUGGUUUUUUCGAUCUCCAGGCACAUUUAGACAGCAGAAGCUCGUCUAGGGUUCACUCACACAGCAACUCUUCCGUACAUUUAUCUGAAUUGGGCAACAGCAGCCAUGGUUCAGGCAACCUGUUGAAGCAUUUGAAUUUCGCUCUUUCUGUCCCUACUGACAAGGAUAAGCAAGAUACUGGUCAUGAAAUUCAACAGAUACAACCUAGUAACAAAAAUGAAUCUGAUGAAGAUUUACUCUUCACGGGGUCGCGACCUGAUACUAAAAAACGUAGCAACGUUAUCAAUUCUAAAUUUGACAUUGAUUUCGAUCGUGGUGGGGUUGGAAGGAAAGUCAAGGCUGCCUUUGAGUGA